AGUUGCACAUAAAUAUUGACUCCUCCCCAUGGCCUAGUUAUGUGGGUUUUCUCAAACUAAGUCUUCGUAUACCAUAGCCUCAGAGUGUCGACAUGGUUUGCCAAGAAGAUUUGUUGAUUGAAAAAGUGUGUGACUUGUAUGAACAAAUUUCAAGUCUCGAGUCUCUCAAACCUUGCAAAAAUGUCGACAUGCUUUUCACCGAACUUGUCCUCACAUGCAUGCCACCUAGUCCCAUAGAUGUCACCAACCUCCCUAAAAAUAUUCAAGAAAAAAGGUCCCAUCUUAUAAGGCUAUGUGGUGAAGCUGAAGGUUAUUUGGAGAGACACUACUCAUCCAUUUUAGGCUCAUACCAAAACCCUCUUCAACAUCUUCAUAUUUUUCCUUACUAUUCAAACUACCUUAAACUUGGUCUCCUUGAGUUUUCUAUCCUUAGCCAACACUCCACACACGUCCCAAACAAAAUUGCUUUUAUAGGUUCGGGUCCUCUUCCUCUUACUUCAAUUGUUUUGGCUUCAAAUCAUUUACCUUCAACCACUUUUCACAAUUAUGACAUAGACCCUUUAGCCAAUUCAAGUGCUAUGCACUUGGUUUCCUCUGACCCUGAUUUGUCAAACCGUAUGGUUUUUCACACCAAUGACAUAUUGGAUGUGUCAAAUGAUUUAAAAGACUAUGAAGUUGUUUACUUGGCAGCCCUUGUCGGUAUGGACAACAUCGAAAAGAAUCGAAUCAUUGAUCACUUGGGUAAGCACAUGGCACCAGGAUCACUUCUUAUGUUAAGGAGUGCUCACGGAGCUCGUGCUUUUCUCUAUCCAGUUGUUGAACCUUCUGAUCUUCGAGACUUUGAAGUCAUCUCAGUGUUCCAUCCUAUGGACGAGGUUAUCAAUUCAAUUGUCAUAUCACGUAAGUAUAGUAUGCCUAUACGCCCGCUUGAUCAAGGCCUUGGUUCCAUGAUUCUACCAAACAAGUGUUCUGAAAUUCAAGUCUUCAACCCUCUUAUGGGCCUCAACCAUGGGAAUAUGAUCGAGGAAUUGACCAUUAAUGAGGACUAAACUCUAUCCCUGGCUGAUUUAUUUUAUAUAAUUACUACUUAAUUAUAUACAUAUACUUAAUUAGUGUCUCUAGCACAUGCUAGCUAGCUUGGAUGAGGAUUGGGUCAUGUCAUUACACUUUAGUUAUAAUAUGUUUCUAUUUAUGCCUUCAAGUGCUUUGUAUCUCAUGGAGCACAACAUAUGAUAUUCACAAUGUUGUUCUUAAAUUUUCAAUAAAUAUAUAUAAAAGAGAUUAUAUGUUUUAGAUCGAGUUCCUUCAAGCAAGCCGUAUAUAAGGGCAUGCAUACUAGCAUAUAUUGUGUACAAUUUGUUGCAAAACAACCUUGCUCAUCCCUGUUGCUACAAAAACUCAAUUAAAGUAUAUGAAGUACAAAAUAUUUAUUAA